CAACUUGAUCCUUCUUGCUCAUACCCAAGUGAGGGGCUGUAAUGAACGGCUUCGAUGGAACUCAGGCUAUAUCAACAGUCGAAAUGGCUACCCCACGAGCCCCAGAAAUCUCCUGGCUAUUUCUGCUAACCUUCUUAUCCCCCGCGGCUUCCGUAGCAACUCCAAUGCCUUCAGCAAAUAAAUGGCUUAUUUUGAAAAGAGCCAACCAAUUAUCUGUCCCACCCUUCGUAGGUACCCACAUACCGACGUACCCGAUAUGGGAGAUACGUCCUGUACCUUAUCUACCGUCAUCGGAGAUGUCAUUCUUAUCCUUGAUCAUUUCAAGACGAACAAUGCGAUUAUCGGCCGCCAUGACGUAGGAGGAAUCGCCGCCAAGUUACUGGUUUUGCUCCAACCGGGGCGCUUGGAAAGCCUGAUCCACUUCAAUUGCCGUUAAAGAAGGGGUCAGGCUCUACGUCUACAGCAGCCUUGCCCACGUCUACAAGCUUAGUGGAUACAAGCCCGAGUUUCGUGGCGAUCACU